AAUAACAUAUUAUAUUCUGUAAUUAAUACAUCAAUAAUGAUUUACGCAGGCCAAGUUUAGUGGCCUUAUGGUUCUACUACUAAUCACAAAGUUUAGAACCAUAUUUAACAUAAUUAUGUAUGAGUUGGUGACUAUAUCAGUCCGGAAUACUGACGACCUUUUGAGAUUUUAUUUGUUGAAAAUAACAUAUACCGGAUUACAAUAAUGGAAACUUAUUGAUAUCUUAUUGGUGAUAGAACUGUGCUAUAUUAUAAAAAGGAGUAACACAUCUAUAUCUUAUUGAUAUAUGUUUGCCAGAAAAGUUUAUUUCGCAUAUACCGGGAAAAAAGGUUGCAGUAAUAUCUGCAAAAAAACUGUAAGUUAUUAUAAUAUCAGGUUUGAAGCCACGUGACCUGAUAUACUAUGAUGAGUUAUUAUGACAAUUUUAGUGUGGACACAGAUAAGUUUUUACUGGACGUUUACAAAGCUGGUUAUGUUAUUUCUUAUAUAGCAAUGAUAAUGAACGUUAUAGUAUUUGCUAUACUUUGUCGUAAAACUUUGCUUUCGCCAGCUACAAUACUUAUGCAAGGUUUAGCAGCCGCGGAUUUUCUAACAGCGUUGUCACACUAUGGAUUUGAACCAUUGUUUCAGUCACAAUAUAUUUGUGAGACAAAGAAGGAUGUAUUUUUAUAUAACAAGUGUUAUUUACCUUACCCGUAUUGUUCGAUGGCUUUUCAUCUUUCAGUAUUAUCGUUUACAUUCCACACAGUAUCAUACUUGAUCACAACAUGUCUUGGCAUACAGAAGGUCGUAGCCAUUCUAUUCCCAAUUUGGACAAAAUAUCAACUGACAAACAAGAAGGCCGCCAUCUGUUGUGUAGGAUUCUUCCUUUUGUCCAUUUCAAUCAGUAUUCCGCGUCAUUUCAGCGCUUGGUUUCAGCAAGGCAAUAGCAUAAACAACCAAUGUUCUUUUCAUCCAAUAGGAGACGGCGUACUGCAGUAUUCGUCUAUAUAUUACCUGAUGCUUCAGACCAUUUUAGUCACGUGUUGUUGUCUUGUCAUGCUGAUGUCUACAGUAUAUAUAUUAUACAAAUUACUAACUAACAAGUUCCGGGGUCGGAUUACGGAGCAGAGAAGGCAGGAAAGGAGAUCAGUUAUAAUGGUGAAUAUGAUUCUUGUGGUAUUUCUUCUGACAGAAGUUCCAAAAGUAAUUUUGUACUUAUGGUGGUGUUAUGAGUAUAUCACUGGUCAUUUUAGCACCAAGAUGACCAGAGGUAAUGAAAUGAGUUCUUUGUGGUUGAUACGUAGGUAUGAGAAUGCGAUGUCAUGGUUACUGGUAUAUUUUACAGAUAUGGUUCGAGGAAGUGACCAAUACAGAUAUAUCAUCUUUAAGUUUCCCAUGGAGGUUAUUAACUUAAUAACAAUAGUAGGAUGUAUCUCAAACUUCGUCAUCUAUUUCUUAAUGUCUUCCAAAAUGAGGAAUGAGGUCAUUCUGAUCUUCAGAAAAAUGUGUAACUAUUGUGCAUACAAGAGAGAAUCGAAAAAGAUAAAGGACACGACAAAUAGUACAGAAGAAGAAAUAGAAAUGAACCAAAUAGACAUAAUAGGUAACAAACAUGUGUACGAUGUAGAAAGUAGUUGGACAAACAUAAUGGGAAAUAACUGCACAUAUUCAAUUGGAAUUAAUCCGACCCUAGGAAUAAGAGACUGUACAAAAGAGUUAGAGAAGAACCAGGUACAAGAAACAGAAGAUAACUGUACAAAAUUGAAAGAGAGGAACAAGAUACAAGGCACAGGAGAUGACUGUACAAAAGAGUGAGAAAGGAACCAGAUAUUGGAGACAGGAAAUCAGUCUAAAAGAGUUAGAAAGGAAACAGAUACAAGGAACAGGAAAUAACUGUACAAAAGAUUAAGAGAAGACUACGAUAUAAUCAAGGAAGGACCUUCGUGUAUAUACAAGGAAUCGAAUCAUGUAGACGGACCAGAAGACCGCCAAGCUGGUGCAAAUGACACGAAAGGCCUAAUAUAAAAGGACCAAUAACCACUGUACAAAUAACAUAAAAAGGAACAAUAACCGAAGUUUAAUGACAUAAAAGGAACAAUUACCGAGGUGAAAUGGCAUAAAAUGGAACAAUAACAGAGGUACAAUGACAUAAAAGGAACAGUAACCAAGGUGAAAUGACACAAAUGGAACAAUAACCAAGGUACAAUGACACAAAUGGAACAAUAACCAAGGUGCAAUGACAUAAAUGGAACAAUAACCAAGGUGCAAUGACACAAAAAGGAACAAUGACCGAGGUACAAUGGCAUAAAAGGAACAAUAACCGAGGUACAAUGGCAUAAAAGGAACAAUUGCCGAGGUGCAAUGGCAUGAAAAGGAACAAUAACCGAAGUGCAAUGACAUAAAAUGAACAAUAACCACUGUUCAAAUAACAAUAACCGAGGUGCAAUAGCAUAAACAUAAAAGGAACAAAAACCGAGGUGCAAUGGCAUAACAGGAACAAUAACCACUGUACAGAUAACCUAAAAAGGAACAAUAACCGAGGUGCAAUGGCAUAAAAGGAACAAUAACCACUGUACAAAUAACAUAAAAGGAACAAAACCCGAGGUGCAAUGGCAUAACAGGAACAAUAACCACUUUACAAAUAACAUAAAAAGGAACAAUAACCGAGCCGGCGAAAAUGAAAUACUAGUCAAAGGAAUCACCUUAAAGGAAUAGAUUAUAUCGAUCGAACUCAAAUUUCUAAGAAUUAUAGAGUCGCUAAAAGGAUCAGAACACAAUUGUAUAAAUGAGAUAGAAAUGAAUUAAAUCGAAGUAUAAAUAUAAUACAAUUGUUUAAAUGAGGUUUAUCAGAAUAAGAACCAGAAACAACGUAACCACAAAUUGAUUAUUAUAUAAAAUCUACGAUGAAAAGCUUAAUAGAGCUCAUGUUGUAAUAUGUUUGUCAAUAUGCCGAAUCAAAAUAAAGUUCAACUUACUUGCCAAAUUUUUUCAUAGAUACAAAGAUUUGUUUAAAAAGUUUGGAUGUACCUAUGACUUUUAUCAAAAACGGGAUAGCGCAUCCUAAUUUGUACGACGAUGUUAUUUAUAUAGCCCGCAGAUUUAGACACGAUCCAUGUAAUCUAAUUGAUCCUUACAAGAAUUAACUUAUUUUUUAAAGGUUAUCAAUUUAACACAGUAGUUGAAUAUUUAGAUAGUCAGUGUUUUUUCUUUGUAAUUACAUUGAUUUUGAAAAAAAUAUAUGACUAAACCAGUGAUUUUUCGUUCCCUAUUGUUAAUUUUCCAUUUUUAGAUGGUAAUGUUCCUUUGGCACCAUCUUACGGUGUUUAUAUUUCACAACUUGUUCGCUAUGCCCGUGUCUGUUGUGACGUUUUUGAUUUUAACGAACGCAACCUGUGUAUUACUGGUAAAUUAUUAAACCAGGGAUAUCGUUACCAUAAAUUACUUAAAACCUUUACUAAAUUUUUCCAUAGAUAUAAAGAUUUGGUUUUGAAGUUUGGUUGUACCUUAUUUCAAACGGGAUAGCACAUCCUCAAUUUUACGGAAAUGUUGUUAACCGU